CAAGUAUCGUCUAAGUUUGCAUGUUCUAUGAAUGGAAACUUUAAUAGGCGCGUUCAGUAUGUUCGUAGAAAGCGAGGAUUGCAGUUGAGAAAGUAACGUUGGGAGAAAAAGUAAAAACAACAAAUCGUAUGAUUUGAAAACUUUGUUUGCAAUUGAUUGGGGAAAUAAUGAAAUCGGAUAAAAUUGUGCAGUGAUUGAGUGUUCAUUGUAUUUUUUUUUUGUUUGAUUUGGUAUUGAGAACUAAGAAUAUAAAGAUGAAAGUUCAAAGACAUAAACUAUUGAUCGCCUCGGCGUCAGCAAUGAUAUUUGGCAUAAUUUUUGGCUGGGUUGGAUUUCCGAAAAUACUCAAAGCAAUGAUAAAAAAGCAAGUUUCCUUAAAACCGGGCACGGAAAUACGUGAUCUCUGGACCCAAACGCCAUUUCCUCUACAUUUUUAUAUAUAUGUUUUCAACAUUACCAAUCCGGAAGAGGUGAUUCAGGGCGGUAAGCCUAAUUUACAAGAAGUUGGACCAUUUGUUUUUGACGAAUGGAAAGACAAAUACGAUUUAGUCGAUGAUGUUGUGGAAGAUUCAAUUUCGUUUAAUAUGCGUAACACUUUCCAUUACAACGCCGAAGCUUCUAAAGGUUUGACCGGUGAAGAGUUAAUAACUAUUCCGCAUCCAUUGUUGGUGCCCAUCUCUGUUGUGGUGCAACGUGAACGUGCCGCUAUGUUGGAUCUCGUGUCUAGAGCAAUAAAAAUUGUGUUCGAAGGUGAGAAAGCACUGCUAACUGUGAAAUUUAUGGACAUAUUCUUUCGAGGUAUUUAUGUGAACUGUGGGUCAGAGGAAUUCGCCGCCAAAGCCUUAUGCACGGCAUUCUAUACGGGAGAAGUGAGACAGGCGAAACAAGUGAACGAGACGCACUUUCUGUUUUCAUUCAUGGCAAAUAACAAUCACACCGAUGCCGGUCGUUUCACCGUCUGCCGUGGCGUAAAAAAUGUCAGCAAACUGGGCAAAGUCAUACGCUUCGGUAAUGAGCCCACACUGGAUAUUUGGCCGGGCGAUGAGUGUAAUGAAUUUAUCGGCACUGAUUCGACAAUUUUUGCGCCUUUCAUGACCAAAGAGCAAGGACUGUGGGCCUUCACACCGGAUCUAUGUCGCUCGUUUGGCGCCAUGUACAGGCGUAAAUCGUCAUAUCAUGGCAUGCCGGCAAUGCGGUAUUACAUGGAUUUGGGCGAUAUAAAGGCCGAUCCAAGUUUGCAUUGUUUCUGUGACGAUCCCGAAGAUAUCGACUCAUGCCCGGUGAAGGGCACCAUGAAUUUAGAGCCCUGUGUGGGCGCACCUAUUAUAGCUUCAAUGCCACACUUUUACAAUGCCGAUCCGAAUUUGUUUGAGCAGGUGAAUGGCUUGAGUCCGAAUGAGAAAGAUCAUGCAGUCUUCAUUGAUUUCGAAUUGACCUCGGGCACACCAUUCCAAGCGGCUAAGCGUUUGCAAUUCAAUUUAGAUGUCGAACCAGUGGAAAAAAUUGAGCCCGUGAAGGAUUUGCGCAAAAUGAUUUUACCGCUUUUCUGGAUUGAGGAGGGUGUGGCGCUGAAUAAGACGUUUACAAAUAUGCUAAAAUACACAUUGUUCCUUGGUCUGAAAUUCAAUUCUGCAUUGCGUUGGUCGCUUAUCACCCUCUCUCUGGUCGGCCUCAUGUCCAGUAGCUAUUUGUACUAUAAGAAGGGGGAUAGUUUGGAUAUAACGGUGCCACCAAAGGUGAUCACUGAACUCAGUAAUAAAGUGGAAGAUGUUAAGGCAGCACCACCGCCAGAUAAAAGGCCUGCGCCAGCUAUAAUGCAGGCUGAUCUCACAAAUCGUCGUGAUCCGACGAAUAGAUUUUAGUUUUAUUAUUUAAGUAAGAAAGAAAUAUACUUUAAAGGCGAUUUUAAAAUUAGCACAAUUAGUAUUCGCACAAAUCAUUAAUUAGAGAUACAAAAAACAAUAUCUCAAUAUAUGUGCCUACAUAUUUACCUGCACACUCGCACUUUUACGUAGAUGUAUGAAUGAUAAUUAUGGAAAUAAAGUGGAUCAGUCUUCUGCCUAGCGACGGACGAUCUGAUAAUAUGUUUCGAAAUCUCA